AUGAAGGUCUUUUCAUCAACCUGCACCUUUGAUUACUCUUGGGAUGAGGUAUCCACAGCAAACUGGCGCAAAUAUUGUCCAUGGAAUGACAAGGCCACUCAUGUCGUGGGAGUAGACACGCUCUCUCGAACAGUCGAUCCCAAGACUGGCAUUCUACGCACCGAACGUCUCAUUACCUGCGACCAGUCUGUUCCACAAUGGGUCAGCUCACUAUUCGGAGGAAGCCCUACUUCACACGUCUACGAGGUCUCCUACGUUGACCCCAUCUCCAAGAAAGUGACCAUGUGCUCUACCAAUAUUACAUGGUCAAAUGUGUUGAAUGUUCGCGAGACCGUGGUUUAUCGACCUUCCUCAAUCUCCCCUAGUGCCACAACGGAGUUUACUCAAGAAGCCAAGAUCACUGCUCUAUGUGGUGGAUGGCAGAAGAUCAAGAAUAAGGUGGAAGAGGCUAGCGUGGAGCGAUUCCGAGAAAAUGCCAAACGUGGCCGUGAAGGGUUUGAAACUGUCCUCGAGAUGAGCCGUCGCGUAUUUGGUGAACAACGAGACUUGGAGAAGCAGCUGCAGUGA